GGGAAGGUGGCCGAGCACCCGUGCUGCCGGGCCCUUCCCAGAGCUCCCUCGGGGCGGCAGUCCCAGCCCGGUUCGCCCCCACCCCAUCCCCCUUUUCGUCAGGAUUGCCUUUUUCCCCCCUCCUUCUGCGGCGGCGGAAAUGACAGUGUGGUGCUGCCGCGGUGUCAUGGUGCUGCCCCUGGACUGAGGAGCGAAAACUCUAAGUUUGGCUCGGGAGACCCAGCCGCGGUAGCUUGGCGGCCGCCGUGCUGUCCCCGGCGGGGCGCGCGGGCGGGCGGAUCCCGGCUGCUGCGCGGCGGCGGCGGCGAAGGCGGGCGGCGGCCUAGAGCGGCGACGGCAACGGCGGCAGCGGCGGCGGCGGCGGCGGCGGCGGCCGGAGAGCUCGCGCCGGAGCCCGAGCCAGUUCGCGCAGGAGGCAGGCGAGCACCCGGCGCCCUCGGGCGCGCCGAGGACAUGGCCGGCAGCCGGGAAUGCUCUGGAUGUGAAAUAGGAGCAGCCUCUGUAUUUUAACUGGAAGUAAAAUAGAGAACAAUAUUGGAGAAUGGAGACUGAGAAUUUGGCAGGGCCUCAGGUGCAUCAUAGUCCAGGACAAGAGAUGUCAGUGGAGAGGGUGUGUGAGAGACUGAUCCGCACCAGUGUGGUGAAAGCCCAGCCUCUGCGGUUCUUAAUGCCUCAGCAGGAUUAUUUUCACUAAAGAUGGAAACACUGGAGUCUGAAUUGACCUGUCCAAUCUGCCUAGAGUUGUUUGAAGACCCCCUUCUGCUCCCUUGUGCUCACAGCCUCUGCUUCAGCUGUGCCCAUCGCAUCUUGGUCUCAAGCUGCAGCUCUGGUGAAUCCGUUGAACCCAUUACUGCUUUUCAGUGUCCUACGUGCAGGUAUGUUAUCUCACUGAACCACCGGGGCCUGGACGGCCUCAAGAGGAAUGUGACUCUGCAGAACAUUAUUGACCGCUUCCAGAAGGCUUCCGUCAGUGGACCCAAUUCCCCAAGUGAGAGCCGCCGGGAGAGGACUUACAGGCCCAGCAGCGCCAUGUCUAGUGAGCGAAUUGCUUGCCAGUUUUGUGAGCAGGACCCGCCAAGGGAUGCAGUGAAAACAUGCAUCACCUGCGAGGUCUCCUACUGUGACCGUUGCCUGCGGGCCACGCACCCCAAUAAGAAACCUUUCACCAGCCACCGCCUGGUGGAACCAGUGCCGGACACACAUCUUCGAGGGAUCACCUGCCUGGACCAUGAGAAUGAGAAAGUGAACAUGUAUUGUGUAUCUGAUGACCAAUUGAUCUGUGCCUUAUGCAAACUGGUGGGACGUCACCGAGACCAUCAGGUCGCGUCCCUGAAUGAUCGGUUUGAGAAGCUCAAGCAAACUCUGGAGAUGAACCUCACCAACCUGGUUAAGCGCAACAGUGAACUGGAAAAUCAAAUGGCCAAGCUAAUACAGAUCUGCCAGCAGGUUGAGGUGAAUACUGCUAUGCAUGAGGCAAAACUUAUGGAAGAAUGUGACGAAUUGGUAGAGAUCAUCCAGCAGAGGAAGCAAAUGAUUGCUGUCAAAAUCAAAGAGACAAAGGUUAUGAAACUGAGAAAGUUGGCACAGCAGGUUGCUAAUUGCCGCCAGUGUCUUGAACGCUCAACAGUCCUCAUCAACCAAGCUGAGCAUAUCCUGAAAGAAAAUGACCAGGCACGGUUUCUCCAGUCUGCAAAAAAUAUUGCUGAGAGGGUCGCUAUGGCAACUGCAUCUUCUCAAGUUCUGAUUCCAGACAUCAAUUUUAAUGAUGCCUUUGAAAACUUUGCUUUAGAUUUUUCCAGAGAAAAGAAACUGCUGGAGGGGCUGGAUUAUUUAACAGCCCCAAACCCACCAUCUAUCCGAGAGGAACUCUGUACUGCUUCCCAUGACACCAUUACAGUCCACUGGAUCUCGGAUGAUGAGUUCAGCAUCAGCUCCUAUGAGCUUCAGUACACCAUAUUCACUGGCCAGGCUAACUUCAUCAGUAAGUCAUGGUGUAGUUGGGGCCUGUGGCCAGAGAUAAGGAAAUGUAAGGAAGCAGUAAGCUGCUCAAGAUUGGCCGGGGCGCCACGAGGCCUGUAUAAUUCCGUGGAUAGCUGGAUGAUUGUGCCCAACAUCAAACAGAACCAUUACACAGUCCAUGGACUUCAGAGUGGGACACGCUACAUCUUCAUUGUUAAAGCCAUAAACCAAGCAGGCAGCCGGAACAGUGAGCCUACCCGACUCAAAACAAACAGCCAACCCUUUAAACUGGAUCCCAAAAUGACUCACAAGAAGUUGAAGAUCUCCAAUGAUGGACUGCAGAUGGAGAAGGAUGAAAGCUCUCUGAAGAAGAGCCAUACCCCAGAGAGGUUUAGUGGCACAGGAUGCUAUGGGGCAGCAGGAAAUAUAUUCAUUGACAGUGGCUGCCACUACUGGGAGGUGGUCAUGGGUUCCUCAACAUGGUAUGCAAUUGGCAUUGCCUACAAAUCAGCUCCCAAGAAUGAAUGGAUUGGCAAGAACGCCUCCUCAUGGGUCUUCUCUCGAUGCAAUAGUAACUUCGUAGUCAGACAUAACAACAAGGAAAUGCUGGUGGAUGUGCCACCACAGUUGAAGCGUCUGGGUGUCCUUCUGGAUUAUGACAACAACAUGCUGUCUUUCUAUGACCCAGCUAACUCUCUCCAUCUUCAUACUUUUGAUGUGACCUUCAUUCUUCCAGUUUGUCCAACAUUCACAAUCUGGAACAAAUCCCUGAUGAUCCUGUCUGGCUUGCCUGCCCCAGAUUUUAUUGAUUACCCCGAGCGGCAGGAAUGCAACUGCAGGCCUCAAGAAUCCCCUUACGUUUCUGGGAUGAAAGCUUGCCAUUAAGUUUCAAGAGAGCGUGUAAUUCACUGGCUCUCCAGUUCAGCAGUUCUUCCCCUCCUAAACCUAAAGUUAGUGUCCAAUAUACAAGAUACAAAAAUAAAGUUCAUUUGAAGCAUCCAAAAUAACUAGAUAUUAUAGAUUUAAUUUUUGUGCAUUAAAGCUUGUAUUUGAAUUAAUGUAUUGAGUUUCUCAGAACAAAUUAUCUGAGUAGUCUGGGUUCAAGCCAUCGGAGAAGAAAUUUGAAGAAUGCUUCUCUUGUCAUUGGAGAAUUAAAAAUUCCCCGUGGUUUAGGAGUAUAAAUGAUAUGGGAAGGAAUUAGGGUCAUUCUAGGUAAAUAAUGUAGAAAGAUGCUCUGGACAAGGGGCCAGCCAGCCGGAAAGCAAGGGUGUGUCAGCCUUGCUAGUACUGGCCAAUUAGGCCAAGUAGAAUUUUGAAGUGUCAAAUGACCCCAUAUUCUAUAUAGCUUUUUAUGAGAAAACCUACAAUCAAGGAUUUAUUAUAAAGAAAACAUGUCUG